UUACACAGCCCUGAAUGAUACACAAUACAUACACAAACAUGAGAGAGAACACGUGAACGCCAUCUACUUCAUGUGCAGGGUACACGUUAACAAAGCAAUAAUAAUAUGAAUUUAAUGAAAAUGUAAAAACGCGUUGAUGUAUACUCGCAUAAAUGAGGACCUCCGCAUGUUGGGCUGAUUUGUCACAGUGUUAUAUUUUAAGUGUUCUGGCAACACAAUCAAUUCCAAUACGUGCCGGAACGAGUUAACCUGUAUAGAAAUAUGUUCUCACCAAGAGACUCGGGUAAAUCAGAUUACAUUAGUUUGAAUAUUCACGAAAGCGGGUCAUUUGCACGGGGCACUUCUCGCAGUUUAUGGAGGCAAUGGAACCAAUUGUCCAGGUUCCAAAGAAAUAUUCUGUACUUUGCAAUAAUCACAGUUCUACUUGUAAUAUUUUAUCUCCUGCCUAGCGAAACCAAAGCUGGUACCUCUAACAAUGAGGUAGAUUAUAGUAAUGUAGAAGUUGUACAAGAAACUGCCAAGUACGAGAAGGCAGUAGAUGAAGUCGUUGUAGAUAAUGAAGAACAGGCUGCUGGGCCUGGUGAAGUAAUUGAAGAGCCCGAGUUUCAACCAGAAAUUAAUCAAGUUGAUGAUGAUCAAAUUGGUGAACCACCACAGCCAAGACCAAACAUCCUGAAAUUUAGUGGUCCUCAAAAUUACAAGCAAGAAGCUGUCGUAGCUGCAUUCAAACAUUCUUGGAAUGGGUAUAAAAAAUAUGCAUGGGGUCACGAUAAUGUCAAACCGAUAUCAAAAAGAUAUCACGAAUGGUUUGGUUUAGGCCUUACUAUAGUUGAUUCAUUGGAUACUAUAUAUAUAAUGGGAUUAUAUGAUGAAUAUUCAAGAGCAAGGAAAUGGGUGGAAGAGAAUUUAGUGUUUACAAGGAAUAGAGAUGUUAAUUUAUUUGAAGUUACUAUUAGGGUAUUAGGUGGUUUAUUAUCAGCAUAUCAUCUCUCUGGUGAUAUACUUUUUUUAAAUAAGGCUGCGGAUUUAGGUGAUCGUAUGAUGCCAGCAUUUUCUACCAGAUCAGGUGUUCCACAUUCUGACGUGAAUCUUGGUACUAGAAGUGCGCAUAGUCCUAAGUGGGGUCCCGAUAGUAGCACCAGUGAAGUUACUUCCAUUCAAUUAGAGUUUCGUGAUCUUAGUCGUAGUACAGGUCAACUUAAGUUUGAGGCUGCAGCGGCAAGAGUUUCCGAACAUGUACAUAAAUUAGAAAAGUAUGAUGGUUUAGUCCCAAUUUUUAUUAACGCUAAUACCGGACAAUUUCGGGAAUACGCUACGAUUACGUUAGGUGCUCGCGGUGAUAGUUACUAUGAAUACUUAUUGAAACAGUGGUUACAAACUGGAAAAACCAUAGACUACCUUCGCGACGAUUACUUAAACGGCAUUGCCGGAACGCAAAAACAUCUCGUUAAACAUACUGCGGUCAAUAAAUAUCUAUUCAUCGCUGAAUUAGUCGGCGCGAAUAAAGAAAUUAAACCGAAAAUGGAUCAUCUCACAUGCUACUUAGGAGGCACUUUAGCGCUAGGUGUGCAUCAUGGAUUGCCGUCAGAGCAUAAUAUUCUUGCGGAAGAACUUGUUAAAACUUGUUAUCAUACAUAUGCAAUCCAGCCAACGUUCCUCGCACCUGAGAUUACUUAUUUUAAUAUACAAAAAAUGGAGGGUGAAAAUCAAAUGGAUAUGUACGUAAAAACGAAUGACGCUCAUAAUUUAUUGAGGCCCGAAUUUGUCGAGAGUCUAUUUUACAUGUGGUAUUUUACGGGGAAUAAAACUUAUCAAGAUUGGGGUUGGCAGAUAUUUCAGGCUUUCGAAAAUUAUACCAAAGUCGAAGGUGGGUACACGAGUAUCGGUAACGUCCGGAAUAUUCAACACACUCGUCAGCAGGAUAUGACGGAAAGUUUCUGGUUCGCCGAAACUUUAAAAUAUUUGUAUUUGUUAUUUGAUGACACUAGGCAAUUGAUAGAUUUGGAUAGGUGGGUAUUUAAUUCUGAGGGUCAUCCGUUACCUCUAUACGAAUCGUAACGCAAUAGUAGCAAAACUAAGCUAGCGAAUUCUCAAUUUUUCGCACUUAUUUUAUUAAGUUAUUUUUGGAAUGUCCAUUUAUCCGUCAUAAUGUUUCUUUAAUGAAACUUUGCAAACACUUGCGUUUCCUUCAUUAAUUGUGGGAACUCUCUUCUAGAAAAAAAUCACUUGUAGAAUAAAAUAGUACAAUCAAUUCUGCUAUUCUAAGGUCACGUAAAAUUCCUCCUUAGUUUUUAUUCUAUUUAUCUGAUAUAUGCACGAAAUGGAAAUGUUUUUUAUUCGUUUCCUCACUUUAUAGAUUGCCAUGUAAUUAUGUGACAAUUAUGAAUAGUAAAAUUAGAGCGAAAAAAGUUAGUUUAGUUUAGAAGAGAAAUAAAACGAUGGAAAUUAUUUUUCCAUCAUUUUUCGAUUCUAAAGAUUAUAAAUAAUUGCAGAUUAACUUGCUUUAUCAUUGACAAAAUACAAUUUCAAGUAAUAAACAAAUAUACAACAUUAGCUGCGCCUACCAAAGUAUCGAACCUGCCUAUAAUGUUGAAUAGAUAUUAUUAAUAUUUUAGAUUUUCAAUUAUUACAUUUAUGAGAAUAUGUAACUUGAU